AAAAGAAUCAUGAGUGGAAGUGGUGCUUGCUCUUAUAAUAACCCUUCAUAUACUACAACAACCAUGUUUUCUUUGAACCAAAACAAAAAUAAUCAAUCUCAACUUCAAGUCAAAAUCGAAAAUUCGAAAUCAUGUUACACUUCUAGUACUUGUACUAGUAGUAAUUUUCAGAUGCCAUUGCACUAUCCAAGGUACAAAAAAUCCGAUUACGAGACGAUGCCGAUGUGGAAACUCGAUUGCCUUCUCAGACAAUAUGGACUACCGGUGAUCGGAGAUGUUAAUCACAAGAGGAAGUUUGCUAUGGGAGCUUUCCUUUGGCCUAGCCAAACUUAA